AUGGCGAUGCCUACCACAUCCAAGCCUUGGAAUCUGUCGCACUCUGGGGCUUGGUGCAUAUGCACGCUGCACUGCUUCAGCAUAACCCCUUUCAUCCAACAGCAUGAUCCCCUGCCUUCCUCUUCAUACAGCAACAUGAUCACCCUGCCCUCCUCUUCAUCCAGCAGCAUGAUCACCCUGCCCUCCUCUUCAUCCAGCAGCAUGAUCACCCUGCCCUCCUCUUCAUCCAGCAGCAUGAUCACCCUGCCCUCCUCUUCAUCCAGCAGCAUGAUCACCCUGCCCUCCUCUUCAUCCAGCAGCAUGAUCCCCCUGCCCUCCUCUUCAUACAGCAACAUGAUCACCCUGCCCUCCUCUUCAUACAGCAGCAUGAUCACCCUGCCCUCCUCUUCAUACAGCAGCAUGAUCACCCUGCCCUCCUCUUCAUCCAGCAGCAUGAUCCCCCUGCCCUCCUCUUCAUCCAGCAGCAUGAUCACCCUGCCCUCCUCUUCAUCCAGCAGCAUGAUCACCCUGCCCUCCUCUUCAUCCAGCAGCAUGAUCACCCUGCCCUCCUCUUCAUACAGCAGCAUGAUCACCCUGCCCUCCUCUUCAUACAGCAGCAUGAUCACCCUGCCCUCCUCUUCAUCCAGCAGCAUGAUCACCCUGCCCUCCUCUUCAUCCAGCAGCAUGAUCACCCUGCCCUCCUCUUCAUCCAGCAGCAUGAUCACCCUGCCCUCCUCUUCAUCCAGCAGCAUGAUCCCCUGCCUGCCUCUUCAUACAGCAACAUGA